AUGACUGAAUACACGACUUCGUCUCAGGCGAUUCGUGAAUAUCUUUCAAGCAAAGAACGGACAAAACAUUGGGUUUACAACAGAGCCGAGCCACCCGAUCUUUGUUACUCUCCCUCUGUCGCUCCCUCCUUUAUCAAUGACCCCGACUUCGUCCUCCCACCCGCUUCAGACGCUGGCAGUAGCCAUUCUUUACCUCCAAAGAUGGUUUUGAGGUAUAGCGAUGGUCGUCCAGACGAAGCUAUUCCCCAUCGCAGUGGGUCCAAGCUACGCCCACAGCACCAUGACCGUUCGCGAUCAGGGUCAGUCGCGGCACGUGGUCCAGAGGAAAUUCGAGUAUUGCCCACAUCCACUGCGGCUGACGCGCCGCGCUCCACACAUGGCCACGCUCGCUCCAAAUCACUCCCUCGCAAUGCCUACUCCCAAAUACAAGACCCGGUUCCUCCCGUUCCCCCAGUCCCGGCUCUUCCCGGCUAUGGUCCUCCCCGAGUGGCGUUUGGUCAGACACCUCAGCCAUGGCAUGGAGAGGGUCAUAACCACGGGAGACACCCUCCGGCAAUUGUUUAUGCACCCUCACAUGCCCGCUCGCGCCCGCACUAUGCUCCUCCCGCCAUUUAUACUCAUCCUCCACAAAUGGGCCCUAAUGGGAUGAUCUAUAGCCAUUCCGCGCCGGUCCGACCGACGCAAAAAUACGUUCCAACGCCAUACCCAUCUGUCGUUCCCUCAGCUCAUUCCCAUAUGUCUGCCGUCAAAGAAGAAGAGCGAAGGCGGUCAAAAACACCCAACGGUCGUUCACAUUCGAGGAAUCGCCGAGACAGGAGCCCAGCCUCCUCCAUUUCUUCCUUUGAAAGCAAUGGUUCUGGCAGCACGUACUACGUGAUGCCGACAGGUCGUCAGAAGGUUCAUAUCAUUCCCACUCCAGACACCAGCGCAGGAUCAUCUGGACACCACUCACACUCACAUUCACACUCGCAGUCCCACGCACACUCUCCCCAGUCACCACAGCACUCGCCCACAUCGGUCCGCUCUGGCGGAAGCGCUGGAGGACUAAAAAAACCGUUUAUUCAGCGCAUCCUUGGCUUCGCGUUUCACGAAAAGCGUCCUCAGUCUGUUUCGGGAGAGUCGUCACAAGGGUCAGCGACUGGCUCAACUCGCGGGGGCAGGCGGUUGCGUCGACAUUCGAGCGGAACUGGUCCAGGCUCCCGCAGGAGCAAGAGCGUCCCUCCUCCAGAAAAUUAA